AUGGCGCCACGAACGUCCCGAUCAAUCGCGUCCGCGGCUCCCGACGCCCAGGUUCACGAGCCUACCGAUGACAACAUGAGCCUCGACGUGCCAGAACAACUCUUGACGCCUGAAAACAGUCGCUCAGAGACCUCAAGCAACAACGAGAACGCGCUGACCGACGAAAAACCCGCAGGGCGGCGAAGGUCAACAAGGGUUGCACGCGGAUCGUUGCGGCCUGGUGAGCCACUAGACGACACACCUGAGAACGAGGCACCCGCGGCCUCAUCUAGCGAGGCCUACGUCGACAGCCUUGCCAAAGCGAAACGAUCGCACUCUUCUCUGCGUCACAGUAUUGCAGUAAUGGAAUCUUCCUUGUGGAGUGGAACUCCAGUUGACGAUGAUAAUGUGGCUGACGACACUGUGGCCCCCGAUACACCCGUCUCAAAGUCUUCCCAGGACUUGCAGUCCGAGAAUAUGAAUACGGCGCUUCAGCCGCGGACACUACGAAAGCGUGUGAGCAAGGCAUUGACCGAAGACGAAGGAACGGCCACGGCUGAGCUGGUCCCAACACGAACCUCUCCUCGCAAAUCUCUACGACGGUCAGGUCGCUUCGGUCUGAUGGAUAAGGCUUCAGACCUGGUUGACCGGGCUAGCAGUAUAUUGGGAAAGCGCACGAGAGGCCUGGGAGACAAGGACCUUGGUCGACGUUCUAGUCUUCGCCCUCGCAAUAUUGCCCCGUCGAAAGACGAACCGGCUCCGACGGCCAACGAGCCUGCAUCGAAGAAGCGUCGAGUAUCCGAGAGCGACUUGUCCAAGCUCCAAGGUCAGGAUACUCCUGAACCAGAGAAACCGGCUGUAUCUGCUUCACCGCGACCUAGGCGCAAGAUAUGGUUGUCACAUGGCCUCUAUACAGGACAGGAACCCUCGGACUCGCCUCCUAAGCAGCGUAGGAGUAAAAAUUCGAAGAAAACUGGAACCGGUCCCAUGCACCGCACCAUCCUUCCUAUGCCGAUGUUCAAGGGUGCUCGCCUUUUGAAGACCGGGCGGGACUACCAGCUACCGUUUGAUAUCUUCUCGCCACUACCACCUGGCCAGCCUAAGCCUAAUGAGUGGCGCAAGACUAACAAGAAUGUUUUUGUUGGUGAUGCCGGAAGUUUCUGGAAAGCGAACAAAAACCUCGAGCUGUCUACUUGUAUGUGUACUGAAGACACUGGCUGUGAUGAGAACUGCCAAAACCGCUAUAUGUUCUACGAGUGUGACAACGGUAACUGCAGGCUGGGUCUCGAGUGCGGUAACCGAAACUUCGAGGGCCUUAAGCACCGGACCAAGGCCGGGGGCAAGUAUAACAUUGGAGUCGAAGUCAUCAAGACAGCUGAUCGCGGGUAUGGCGUCCGCAGCAAUCGUUCCUUCGAGCCCAACCAGAUUAUUGUGGAGUACACCGGCGAGAUCCUCACCCAGCUUGAGUGCGAGAAGAGGAUGAGAACAGUAUACAAAAACAAUGACUGUUACUAUCUCAUGUAUUUUGAUCAAAACAUGAUCAUUGAUGCUACUCGCGGGUCUAUUGCUCGCUUUGUUAACCAUGCCUGUGAGCCAAACUGCCGUAUGGAGAAGUGGACUGUUGCUGGCAAGCCACGCAUGGCACUCUUCGCUGGAGAUCGAGGAGUCUCGACAGGGGAGGAGUUGAGCUAUGACUACAACUUUGAUCCUUACUCUAACAAGAAUGUUCAACAAUGCCGCUGUGGAUCAGCGAACUGUCGAGGCUUCCUUGGUCCACGGCUGAAGGAGAAGCAGCAACGUGCCAAAGAACUCGAGAAACGAAAGGCCGAGGGAAGUCCAAAGAAGACAACUACAAAAAAGGUCAUCGGCAAAAAGCGAAAGGUCUCAGAAGAAGCCGAAAGCGACGAGUCCUCUCAAGGCAAAAAGCGCAAGAUGAUCAGGUCCAAGGCGAUCAAGGCCGGCGUGAAAAAGGCCGUGGCUACCGUUCGUGGGAAGAAGACGACCAAGACAACGGCAAAGGCUAAAACCACAACUGCUGUCAAGUCGAAGACCAACGUCAAGCUACCAACCGUCAAAGCCACAGGCCGGAUCAAGGCCACUGUCCGUGCUUCCCGAUCUAACAAGGCAGCCAAGGAAAGCCCGACUUCUCCCAAGAAGACAACAUCCAAGCUUAAGCGGCCUUCUGCUGACACCAAGAAGCAAAUUCUCGCUGCUGCUUCCAAAGGCUCCGGGGCUUCUCCUCGCAAGCCUGCGAAAAAAUCACCCGCCAAGAGCCCCUUGAAGGCCAAGAAGGCUGCUUCCAAGGCUAAAAGCACUACCAAAGGGAGCUUUGGCAAGGGAGUCAAGAGUGCGGCUCGGCGUGUUAUGAAGUCUGUCAAGGGAGCAAAGAAAUGA